CGUGUUAUACACUUGUUUAAUUUCUUCAAUAUAUCCCAACAAUGUCUUUCAACUUCCCUUACACAUCCCUUGCACAAAUACCUGAACGUUUGAGUCUUGACUCUAUUCGUUCCAAUAUUGGGACAUUACUGUCUUCUGUAUCCAAGUUGCGUCCUCCUCAAGAAUUUUUCGAUGUCAGAAGACUCUCUAAGCCUGCAAACUUUGGUGAAGUCCAAAGCAGGGUUUCAUACAACUUGGGUUACUUCUCUGCCAACUAUGUUGCUAUUGUUGGAUUAUUGAGUGUAUAUGCCUUGAUCACAAACACCUUAUUGUUGUUUGUUAUUCUUCUCGUUGGUGGUGGUUUAUUUGGAAUCAGCAAAUUGAAUGGUGAAGACUUAGUCUUACCAGUUGGUAGAUUCAACACAUCUCAAUUGUACACUGGUUUGUUGGUUGUUGCUGUUCCUUUAUGUAUUUUUGCCAGUCCUAUCUCCACCAUGAUGUGGUUGAUUGGUUCUUCUGGUGUUUCUGUUUUCUCUCAUGCUUCAUUUAUGGAAAAGCCUAUUGAAACUGUUUUUGAAGAAGAAGUUUAGAAUCAUACAUACAUUAUAUAUUUAUCGACUUAAUUGAUUAAUAGGAGAGAACUAAGUCAAAA